AUGAUAUGGAUUGAAAAGUAUAGGCCGAAAUCAUUUGACAGCAUAGUUGGACGGGAGAAAAUUUCAAGUGUCUUGAAGAGUUAUACUCUUGAAACAAUUCCUCACUUGAUACUGCAUGGAGGGCCGGGCCACGGCAAGAAAACCACACUUCUAUGUCUAGUAACCCACCUGUAUGGAGGAAGCCCUGAAAUGAAGAUCAGAACAGUAGAAGUUCUGAGUGGGGCGAAGAAGAUAGAAGUGUCAUAUAUGGAGUCCAACGAAUAUGUUGAGAUAUCUCCAUCGCAGUAUGGCCACCAUGACAAAGCUGUUAUACAAAGUAUAAUCAAAGAGAUGGGGCAGACAAAGCCUAUAUUGUCAAUGCUCAAGAGCGCCAAGAAAGCUCCAAUCAGGCUUGUUGCUAUAACCUCUGCAGAAGAGCUGACCCUAGAAGCCCAGGCUGCACUUCGAAGAACCAUCGAAAUGUAUAGUAGCGUCCUCCGGGUUGUACUAGUAUGCAACGAACUCUCAAGACUGAUAGAGCCAGUAAGAAGCAGAUGCUUUUUCCUUCGGAUCCCAGGCUUCUCCAAUGAAGAUAUAAUAUCAAACAUGUGCAGGAUAUCAGAAAAGGAAAACUAUGCUAUACCAAAAGAAAAGCUUGAGGAGAUAUGCAAAGAGUCUGAAGGAAACAUGAGAAGGGCCCUAUGCAUUCUUGAACUAUUCUGUUUUAAUAUGAUUGACAAAGAGACAAAAAGGCCAAAGAUCAAUGUUAAGGACUUGAAGCUUGAUUGGGAAUUAAUGGUCAUGGGGAUUUCAAGUAUAGUCAAGUCUAACCAAACACCUGAAGGGUUGGUUGAGAUAAGAAAAAGCUUGUAUAUGCUUUUGAACUCGUGCAUAUCACCCAGGACCAUUCUUAUUGAACUGCUACGUAGCCUUAUUCUCGGGGAAGAUUUCAAAACAUUUCUUUUGCUUUCACACCAAGCCUUGAAGUAUGAGGAGAGAAUAAGAUUUGGGAUGAAAAGUAUAUAUCACCUAGAAGGAUUUAUCACAUCAUCAAUGUGUGUAUUCAAUGAAAAGAGAUACAGUUAG